AGCCUCCCGUCUAUGGAAAGUGAGUCAGACGCAAUACGCGUUCCGUGCUGCUCUCUUACUGGCUGGACUCAUUCGCCCAUCCCAGAAGUAUAAUAACUUUGGGCUAAAUAUUUAUCCAGACUGAACCACAUCACCCUGAGUACAGCACAUGCGUUACCCCAGACAGCUACGAGAGCAGAGAACUCCGACAACUUUACCAGCUUUUUAUUUGCCUUCCUUUGAUAAAAGACAAUUUGAGUUUUGAGUUAGCGGACAACCUAUUUUUGACAAAUCACAAUGGGCUUUCUGGUUGCGUUCUACAGUGUUCUACUUGUAACUCUGUGUCAACUUUUGGAAAGAAAUCCUGCAAAGGCCGGGAUGUGCUGGUUGCAGCAGAGCCCAGAGCAGCGCUGUGACAUGGUGCUGAUGCGUGGUGUGAGCCGAGAGGAGUGCUGCUCCCCGGGCCGUCUGGACACCGCCUGGUCCAACACCAGCCUGCCCAUGAACGAGGUCAGCCUGCUCGGCAUCCUGGGGAUUGUGUCCUGCAAGCCCUGCAGAGAGACGUGUGAGGGUGUGACCUGCGGCCUGGGGAAGGAGUGCAGGCUGAAGGCAGGCCGGCCCCAGUGUGUGUGUUCCCCUGACUGCUCCGUGCUGGGGAGGCGGGGCCGCCCGGUGUGUGGCAGCGACGGGAACACUUACCCAGACGAGUGUGGGCUGCUGCUGGCUCGCUGCCAGGGACAGCCUGACCUGGAAGUCAUGUACCAGGGGGGGUGCAAGAAGUCAUGCUCCAACGUGGUGUGUCCAGGAACACACAGCUGUGUAACUGACCAGACCAACAGUGCUCACUGCGUCAUGUGCCGCACCGCGCCCUGCCCCAUCCCCAUGACGACUGAGCAGCCAAUAUGUGGCAACGACAACGUGACCUACCCCAGCGCCUGUCACCUGCGGAGGGCCACCUGCUUCCUGGGGCAUUCCAUAGGAGCCAGAAACCUCGGACACUGCAGCUACCCUCCUAAGAAGACUCAGGGCCUGGAAGGCAGUGAGGAGAACGCCCUCUAAAGACCAGCUGUGUCCGGAGCAGACCACCCCUUCUCCUCGCCUUGCCCCUCCCUUCCCCUCUUCUCUUCUUUCCUCUCCUCUCCUCUCCUCUCCUCUCCUCUCC